CUGAGCUGAGAGUAAUGUUACAGAUUGGGAGAGUGAAGAGGCUGCGUAUCGAUCCCGCUUUCUCUCACAGCCAUUGCAGUACAUUGAGCUCCAUAGACACAGCAUUGGAAAUCUAACAAAAUGGGGAAAGGUGAUCCAAAGAAACCAAGAGGAAAGAUGUCCUCUUAUGCUUACUUUGUGCAAACUUGCAGAGAAGAGCACAAGAAAAAGCACCCAGAUGCAUCUGUAAACUUUGCCGAGUUCUCCAAGAAGUGCUCCGAGCGAUGGAAGACCAUGUCCGCUAAGGAAAAGGGCAAGUUUGAAGAUAUGGCUAAAGUAGAUAAAGUCCGGUAUGAAAAAGAAAUGAAAACUUAUAUACCACCCAAAGGAGAAUCCAAAAAGAAGUUCAAGGACCCAAAUGCACCAAAGAGACCACCAUCGGCUUUCUUCCUGUUCUGUUCUGAAUUCCGUCCUAAAAUCAAAGGUGAGCACCCGGGUUUGACCAUCGGAGAUGUGGCAAAGAAACUAGGAGAGAUGUGGAAUAACACCGCAUCUGAAGACAAGGUGCCUUAUGAAAAGAAAGCUGCCAAACUGAAGGAGAAAUAUGAAAAGGAUGUUGCAGCAUAUCGGGCCAAAGGAAAGCCCGAAGCACCCAAAAAGGCACCGCCUAAACCUGAAAAGAGCAAGAAAAUGGAGGAUGAUGAUGAUGAUGACGAGGAUGAUGAAGAUGAGGAGGACGAGGAAGAUGAAGAUGAUGAUGAAGAUGAUGAGUAAACCUCCCCAGGAGCAGUUUUGUCUAUAUAGCAUUUAAACCCCCUGUACACAGCUCUCAUUUUUUUAAAGAAAACAAAAACAAAUCAAAAUAUAAGGAUGUGUAAGAUUUGUUUUUAAUCUGUACAGUGCCCUCCCCUCCCGCCACGUUUUUUUUUCUUUUGUAUUGUUAACACACUACCAAAACGUAUCUUUGACGGCCCUGUCUUUUAAGUGGUUUUCAAUUGCCACUAACCUUGCCUGGUACAGUAAGGGGGUUGUAAAUUGGCAUGGAAAUUUCAGCAGGCUCAUGUUGGUGCACAGUUUAGUUUAUAUGGGGAUGUAGUUCAUUUUUCAUCUUCAGUUGUCUUAGCAUCAUCAUCAUCAUCAUUUGUUGUUCUGUUUAACUGAUACCACUCUGUAAGUGCAAGAAAAAUUGCAAAUGUUUUGUUGGCAUUCUGAUUGCUUCGAAGUAAAUACAAAUUUUUUUUUUAU